AUGUCUGCCUUGUACGACAAGUUAGUCGUCUAUCUCGAGACAAUUUUGCGCGAGGCAACCGCAGAAGAUGAAUUCGAGCUUUCCGUUGAGCCACAUUUUGAUCAGAUAGCAGCUGAGCUUCUAUCCAACUACAAGGUCUGGGACAAUCUCCCGAUGACCCUGGCAAAAAGGAUUGGCUGGCAAGAAUAUCUUGAAUCAAACAUAUCUAGUGAACUUGAGGGACCAGAACACCUGAAGAAUGAUCUGGAAAAGAUGCGUCUAAGGACAACUCCUGCUUCCUACACAGGCUCAGAGUUGUUCAUGAGUGCGAGGAGCAAUUUCUUUUCACCCAUGAAGUAA